UUUUAGCCGAAACGACUUGUAAUGUUUACGACGUGUGUGGCUGCAAAUGUUGUUGUUUUGAAUAAAAGUUAAAAACAUGGCUGGACCCGAUGCCGAUGAAGGCAAACAUGAGGAAAAUAAACUGGACGAAGAAAUGAAAGAAUUAAUGCAACUGCCGUUGGCUUACACAGAGAAACGACACCAUGAUAAAAUAGCAAAACCACAAACAGUUUCACAAGCAUGGAGAAUGAAAGAACGCAUGAAAACGGUGAGCGUAGCGCUGGUAUUAUGUUUGAACGUGGGCGUGGAUCCUCCCGAUGUUGUGAAGACGACGCCUUGCGCGAGGAAAGAAUGUUGGAUUGACCCGCUAAGCAACAGUCCACAGAAAGCUUUGGAAAACAUCGGGAAUACUUUGCAGAAGCAAUAUGAACGUUGGCAACCUCGGGCUCGGUACAAACAAAGUUUAGACCCCACAGUUGAAGAUGUAAAGAGAUUGUGCACCUCGCUACGAAGGAAUGCAAAGGAAGAAAGAGUUUUGUUUCAUUAUAACGGGCAUGGGGUGCCUAAACCAACAGCUAACGGGGAAAUAUGGGUUUUCAACAAGACGUACACCCAAUAUAUCCCAUUGUCAAUAUUUGACCUUCAAACUUGGAUGGGGAGUCCCUCAAUAUUCGUGUACGAUUGUUCAUCAGCGGGGUUGAUCGUGAAUUCGUUUAAAUCGUUCGCUGAACAACGAGAACAAGAACAGCGGGUGAACGUGUUACACUCCCCCACUAACACAUGCAACCCUAAGAAUUGCAUUCAACUUGCCGCGUGUUCAUCCAACCAACUACUGCCCAUGAACCCUGAACUCCCGGCCGAUCUUUUCACCUCGUGCCUGUCAACUCCCAUCAAGACUGCUCUUCAGUGGUUUUGUCAUCAACGACAAGGGACGUUAUCUCCCGGGAUCACACUCGAUCUUAUUGAGAAGAUCCCCGGUCGGUUGAAUGACAGACGAACCCCACUUGGUGAAUUGAAUUGGGUUUUCACGGCGAUAACUGACACAAUAGCGUGGAAUAUUCUACCAAGAGAAUUAUUCCAAAAACUUUUCCGUCAAGACCUUCUAGUGGCGAGUUUGUUCCGUAACUUCCUCCUCGCUGAGCGUAUCAUGCGAUCGUACCGAUGUACCCCCGUAUCGGACCCACCAUUACCCCCCACCUUCCGACACCCGAUGUGGGGGGCAUGGGACCACGCCGUCGAUGUUUGUUUAUCACAACUACCACAGAUGUUGAACGAGGAAACAAAAUAUGUUUUUAAAAACAGCCCGUUCUUCGCUGAGCAAUUAACGGCGUUCCAAGUUUGGUUGACGCUUGGCAUCGAGAACCGACAACCCCCCGAACAAUUACCUAUUGUUCUGCAGGUACUUCUGAGCCAGGUGCAUCGGUUACGAGCCCUUGACCUCCUCGGACGUUUCCUCGACCUUGGUCCAUGGGCCGUCAGUCUUGCGCUGUCCGUCGGGAUCUUCCCGUACGUCCUCAAACUUCUACAAAGCCUCGCGAAGGAACUACGACCGUUGUUGGUGUUCAUAUGGGCCAAGAUACUGGCUGUGGAUGGUACCUGCCAAAGUGACUUGGUAAAAGAUGGGGGUCACCAAUAUUUCCUACGAGCGUUACAAGACCCCAUGAUGUCUGCGUCACAUCGUACGAUGGCUGCGUUCGUACUCGCUGAGAUCGUUAACCAUAAUCGGGCGGGGCAGGAGGUGUGUCUACAACGUAACAUCGUCUCAAUAUCCCUCGAUCAACUCGACAACGACAUUAUUGUUUCAACGCCGAGACUUAAACAAUGGGUGGCUAUUUGUUUGGGUCGUAUCUGGACAAAUUAUGACGACGCUCGAUGGCGAGGGGUUUUAGAUCAAGCGCACGUGAAGUUGUACGAGUUGCUCGAUCAUCCUCACCCUGAGGUCCGCGCAUCAGCGAUUUACAGUCUUGGUACGUUUGUUGACAACCAACCAGAGUACGGCAGCGACCACGCCGCUCACAUAAAUCAAGCUGUUGGUGCCACUCUAGCUCCUCUAGUGAAACGGGAGGCGAGCGUCCUCGUUCGUUGUGAGCUCGCUACAGCCCUCCAGCGGUUAGUAUCGUGCUACGACAGCAGUUUUGCAGCGAUUGCGUUCCGCUUCGUUGAGGAGGAGAAGGAUCUCGACGCUCAAUCGACACCGAGUGGAAAGAACAAGCCACGCCUCAGUAGUUCCUCUCAACGAAUCAGAAGCAUCGAUUAUGGGAAUUCCCCCGCUAACUUUCCCACCGCUAAACAAGUAGCAGGAAGUGGCGACACGAGUUUCAACGAAUCGACCAAUCAGAAGGAAGAACAAAACUUAACGGUUGAACGACUCAACAGAUUACGUCGGAUAUCGUUGUCAUCGAUGCCUUUCAGCUCAGGUUCAUCAUAUAGUUCCGUGAACGCCCAUAUAUGGAAAGUAUUAUUAUGGUUGGCUACCGACCCCCACCCAUUGGUAUCGAGGUUGGCGACGACUGUCGUUGCCGGGGUGAUGGAUCGCGUUGAUUUAAUGGCACGCGAACAACAUUCUCGAUAUUUACAAACCCCCGAUGUUUCGUCCGCCCCCAACUCACCGAGGUCGAGGAGGAAGUACUCGGAGAAUGUUUCUGAAAAUUCAGCGGUGGUGGGUUCGCCAUCUAUGAUCCCAAUUCAACUUCCCCCGUACCCAACUAUACGCAAAGUAUUCGACAAAGGACCAGACCAACCAACCAGGGAGAUAUUCCGAGCGGGGGAAAUCCCAAGCACCAUGAUAACUUUACAAGAUCGAAGUAUUUCGACCGAGUUUUGUGGAUGGAGCUCCCAUGCGUUCGCUCAACCAUGUAAUAAGGAAAACAAUGAAGAGGUUCUGGAGGAGGAGGAAAGAGAAAAGAGAAGGAGAAAGUUGGAGAAGAAGGUAAAGAUAAAGAAGAGAAUAGAAACUGCUCAUUCCAACUUUGAUACUUCACGCUUGGGCGACCAACAGUUCUUCAACAAGAAUCAUCGGAAAGCCGUUGAUUUGACCUUUCACCCCUAUAACAACGACCUUUUCGUGGCGGAUGCGCAUGGGGUCAGUGUAUGGAGCUGGGAGAAGGGCCAGCGUAAGUUCUAUCUCCAAAACACCAACCCCCCCCAAACUACAAUAUCAUCCGUACAACUUAUCAACCAACACGACAGCGCGCUGCUGGUGGUCGCUUCAGAUGAUGGAUGUCUAAGGGUCUGGCAGAAUUGUUGCGGGGAAUCCAUUAUUGAGCCCACACUGGUAUCAGCUUGGAAAGCAAUGUCCGACAACAUCCCGUCGUCGCGUAGAGCGGGGUUAGUCACCCAUUGGGACCAACGCACCCUUCGUAUUUAUACGGGGGGUGACUCUCGUAAUAUACAAGUGUGGGACACGAUAACAGAGAGAAAGGAAAAGGAGUUCCAGACGGGCGCCGACAGCUCGGUGACGUGCAUGACGCUCGGGCAUGGGUUGUUAACGACGGGGUUCGGUGACGGGACGGUUCGUUUGUUUGACACAAGAGGGCGACAAAGUGGAUUCUCCACACAUGCAAUCCACUCGCAUGACACGUGGGUGAUCUCAACAACUUUCCUUCCGUCGACCAACAUGAUUUUAACUGCAAGUGAGGAAGGCGACAUCAAACUAUGGGACUUCCGGAUGUUGACGUCCGAUCCCCUUCGUACGAUGAGGAACACGAGCGCUGUACGUCAACUUGACGUUCAUCCUAACCUGUCAAUCAUAGCUUGCGGAUCAGCCGACCAUUCAAUCAACUUCAUGAACCUUGACGGGGUCGACCUUGGGUCGGUGAAAUAUUACGAGGGGUUCCUGGGUCAGAGGUUGGGUUUGGCAUCGUGCAUGAGGUUCCACCCCUUACUGGCGAACCUCGCUGUGGGAACGGCUGAUUCAUACCUUACCGUCUACUCUGGUGAGCUCAAAGGUCAAUUCUGAUGGUGGCAACAUCAGGGGGGUGGCAGGGGUGCCCACUACACCCCUAUAUAAAUUAUUUUAUAAAAUACGAUUGAUUUACAAAUCAGUUUGCACUGAAAUUGCAUAAGCAUUGUUAUAAAUUAGUUUAACACCCGUGUAACUUUGCCUUUGCCACUGAUCCUAAACCACCCAACCUAAACAUCCAUGAUAACCAAGGCAUCCCAUAAUGAAUGUUUUGUUGUCAUUGGUUACGUGUAAUAAUUGUUUUUCUGGUGCGAUAAUAAUGGUAAUUGUUUGAAUGUUUGUGAUGUCAUUGUUUGUUUUAUUGCCAAUCAAGUUCCUUUGUUUUGUUGGAAAUAAAACAAAUGCUCAUUA